UGCCAAGGAACCAUCCUAAUAUAUUAUAUUAUUGUAACGUGUCUCUUUUUAAACUUGUAACCAAUGUCUUCCCGUUGACCGCCAUGAAAGUUUUAUCUUGGGAGUUCUACCACACUUCUGAAAUUCUUAAUAUUUAGAUACCUUUAAGCUCUUCAACAACCCAUAUUUCAGUAUGAUGACAGCCAAAAUUUUCGUCUGCCCGGUUGUUAUUCCAGCUAAAUCCCCUGUUGCUUUUAUGAUCUUAUUUGCUCUUCUGAUGUUUCUUAUGUUAACAGAUAGUAUCGUUUCUAAUAUAUCGCUGGAAUCGGCUGCCUUUACUCAAAAAGAAGAUUCCCAAUCGUUGCAGACUCUAACAGUUACAAGAAAUAUCAAGUCGGAUGUUGUUCUUCCUCUAUCACUGACUGUUUCCACAAAAAACAACAUCGUUGAUGGUAAUAGUGAACAUCAGAAUUCUCUAGUUUCUUCCUUGGGUGUUAGAGAAAAACAUGGGAUUGGGAAAUUCAGGAGAAAACUGCCAGAACAUGAGAUUUUCAUGUCAGAUGAGUUGACAAAGAAGUUCCAUGGCCGAGUUCUUGAAUUCUUCAACCGUGGGUGUGAGGUUCACUUCUUCAUGACAUGGAUUUCAAAGGUAGGGUCCUUUGGGAGAAGGGAAAUCCUGGCUGCUGAAAGCGUUUUCAAAUCCCACCCUAAUGGUUGCUUGAUGAUUCUAUCGAGAACGAUGGACUCAGUGCAAGGUUACAGGAUCCUUAAACCGUUGCUUGAUCUUGGGUUCAAAGUUAUAGCAGUGGCACCGGACUUUCCAUUUCUGGUCAAGAAUACACCUGCUGAAGCUUGGCUUGAUGAUAUGAAGAGUGGGAAAAAGGACCCUGGUGUGAUUCCGUUGGCUCAGAAUCUAUCUAAUUUGAUGAGGCUUGUUGUGUUAUACAAGUACGGAGGUGUUUACUUGGAUACGGAUUUCAUAGUGAUGAGGAGUUUUAAAGGGUUGAAGAACACAAUUGGAGCACAAAGCAUUGAUGUGGUAUCUAAGAACUGGACAAGAUUGAACAAUGCAGUACUGGUCUUUGAUAUGAAACAUCCACUUGUACUCAAGUUUAUUGAGGAAUUUGCUUUAACUUUUGAUGGGAACAAAUGGGGACAUAAUGGGCCCUAUAUGGUUUCCAGGGUAGUUCGCAGAGUAGAAGGCAGACCUGGUUAUAAUUUUACAAUCUUACCACCUAUGGCUUUUUAUCCUGUUGAUUGGAUUAAAAUAGGAGGUCUGUUUAAGAUGCCUAAAGACAGGGCAGGCUCGAGAUGGAUAGAGGUUAAGGUGCAGCAGCUAAAGAGGCAAACAUAUGGAGUACAUCUCUGGAAUAAGCAAAGUAGCAAAUUAGUGGUUGAAGAGGGAAGUGUAAUGGAACGAUUAAUGGCACAGAACUGUGUUUUGUGUAAACAUAUAUAUAGCUCUUAGAAGAGAUGGUGAAGGCUUGUUAGUGUCAAAAUGUUGUACAGUGUGUGUUCAUUGAAAGGGCCGAAUUCAAAAGCUGUGCUCUGUCUUCCUUCCUCAAAUUGUAAAUUAAAUGUGGAUUAAUUGGAUACAAAAAAUAAAAUAAAAAAGGAAGGAAAUACUUAAUAUUGUUGACUUUUGUUUUUUGGUUUUGAAUGUUGGUUGAAACAAAGCUUCAUUUAUGGAAUCAGUUUUUAUUGAUAAACAA